AAGACCUAAGGUGUGUAGCAAGACAACUUUACGGACGACGGAUGAUGAAGUCUUUCCUCCUCGCCUUGACGGCAGUGAUAACACUCACAUGGACCGUAGAAUCGGCGCCAUAUCCUAAUUUGAUGGAUACAGAAAUAAACUAUUUCCUUAGACACCAGGAACAAGCUCCCGUGGCUCCCGCUGGUUUGAGAUGUUACAUAUGCUCCGCGAAUUGUUCCACGACUCAGACUCCAGGUAACGGCUGCAGAUCCGGCCGUAGCUGUUACACCAUGCAGGCUUUUGAUACCGCCCUAAACACCUCUGUGGUAAGAAAGGGAUGCAUUCCACAAUUCUUCUGCGCUCAGAAUCGGGCAUGCACGUUUUUGAACCAAACUCGAAAUGGUGCAUUGGGAUCGUGUUCCAUCAAUUGCUGCAGUACUCCAUUAUGUAAUGGUCCACCUCUUCCGACGACUCAACCCAUAACAACCACAGCACCACCAACCACGACCGUGCCUCCAACUACGACCACUGCACCUCCAACGACAGUUCCGACAACUGUGCCGACCACAGCACCAACUACAGCCCCAAUUAUACCCGGGGUAUGCGGUGGUCCACUUACUCCUCCAUCUGGACAGUUUUCAUCGCCAUUUUUUCCACUCAGUUAUCCAAACAAUGCUCACUGCGUUUGGACUAUUAUGGUUCCACGCGGGUCUGUUUUAAAGAUUGAUUUUCUCGCAUUCGACACUGAAGAAUGCUUUGAUUCCCUUCAUAUAUAUGUGGGAAGAAGGUUGGUUAGACGUCUCUCUGGGGAUGAUGCUGACGAUGACGACGAUGAUAAAUUUGAAAAAUGUGACAAGGAUGACAAGGAUGAUGGUGAUGAUGGGGAAGGUAUCUUUGGCUGGUACUUCAACCGAGAUGAAGACAUGGAUGAUAAUUCUGUCACUAUUCAAGGAACAGGAGAGAUGAUAAGACUCGUUUUUGUGUCCGACUACAGUAUUACCAAGAGAGGAUUCUUUGCUAGAUAUAAUGUAUUGAGAGCACUUUGUGGGGGCCCACUGGCGUUGCCAUCCGGAACCUUCAGAUCCCCAGGUUAUCCUGGCAAGUACCCGGAUGACGUCAAGUGCAUCUGGACAAUCAGAGUUCCACCAGGAUCUACACUAGAAUUGGAUUUUCGCUUCUUUCAAACUGAAAAAUGUGAUGAUUACCUCAAAAUUUUGCAAGGGGGUCGUAAAGUACGAACACUAAGCGGUGUUUACAGAUACAGCUUGUUUGGAUGGGGGAAUGAUGAUGACGACGAUUGCGAUGGUGAUGACCUGGAUGGUGAUGGUGACAAGGAUGGCGAAGAUGGCGAAUGGGGGGAAGAUGAUGAAUAUGACAGUGAAGAAAGUCCCAGAAAAAGGUUCUACCCAUCGGUACACAGGUUUCCCUCUCCAGCAGGGAAUCGUUUUGGUUUUCCAACGAGAGCCCCGAUUGGCGCCCCAUAUGUUACGGGAGUCCUUAUUCCAGGAACGGGAGAGCUGGUAUCGAUUAUUUUCAAAGCUGAUGACGACGAUGUCACUGAAAAGGGUUUUCAAGCAGUCUACCGUGUUAGACCAGGGGCAGCAUUUCAUGGAUGAUCCGAUCAAAUAGAGUAAACAGAAUUUGAAUGCUGCUUGUCUGGACACGACUCUAUAAAUUCCUUUUCGUUUUUCUAAGUUGUUUUAAUUAUUCGUAUUUUUGCUGAAUUUUCCUUGAAAUAAGGUACUAGGACUCAUUUAAUUUUUUCACUUGCAGGGAAAAGACUACAUUAAGAUUGAGACCGCUUCAUGUACAUCAUAUUACCUAGAUCUACUUCCAUGUAUUUCUUGCCAAUUAAAAGUUGUACAGUUGUUUAGUCUGUCA